AUGAGCGAGAUCACCCACCCCACUAUCCAGGAUGGCUGGUUCUCCGAGAAGUCAUCCAUGUGGCCCGGCCAGGCCAUGAGCCUGAAGGUCAACCAGGUCCUGCACCACGAGACGUCCAAGUACCAGGACGUCCUCGUCUUCGAGAGCAGCGACUACGGCACCGUCCUCGUCCUGGACAACGUGAUCCAGUGCACCGAGCGCGAUGAGUUCUCCUACCAGGAGAUGAUCACCCACCUUGCCAUGAACUCGCACCCCAACCCCAAGAAGGUGCUCGUUAUCGGCGGUGGUGACGGUGGUGUCCUCCGUGAGGUUGUCAAGCACGAGUCCGUCGAGGAGGCCAUCCUCUGCGACAUCGACGAGGCUGUCAUCCGUCUCUCCAAGAAGUACCUGCCUGGCAUGUCCAUUGGUUUCCAGCACCCCAACGCUACCACCCACGUUGGCGACGGCUUUGAGUUCCUCAAGAGCCACAAGAACGAGUUCGACGUCAUCAUCACCGACUCCUCCGACCCUGAGGGCCCCGCCGAGAGCCUUUUCCAGAAGCCUUACUUCGAGCUUCUCAACGACGCCCUGCGCGAUGGCGGUGUCAUCACCACCCAAGGUUCCGAGAACCAAUGGCUUCACCUCUCGCUCAUCGCCGACCUGAAGAAGUCCUGCAAGGAGGUCUUCCCCGUCGCCGAGUACGCUUACACUACCAUCCCCACCUACCCCUCCGGCCAGAUCGGCUUCAUGGUCUGCUGCAAGGACGCCAACCGCAACGUCAAGGAGCCCGUUCGCUCCUGGUCCCGCGAGGAGGAGGAGCGUCUCUGCCGUUACUACAACCAGGACAUCCACCGCGCCAGCUUUGUCCUGCCCAACUUCGCCCGCAAGGCGCUGAGCAACUAA